CAUCGCGAGACGCGCCAGCGCUUCGCCAUGAAGAAGAUCAACAAGCAGAACCUGAUCCUGAGGAACCAGAUCCAGCAGGCCUUCGUGGAGCGGGACAUCCUCACCUUUGCCGAGAACCCCUUCGUGGUCUCCAUGUUCUGCUCCUUCGAGACCCGCCGGCACCUCUGCAUGGUGCUGGAGUACGUGGAAGGUGGGGACUGUGCCACCCUGUUGAAGAACAUUGGAGCUCUGCCCGUGGAACUGGCACGGAUGUAUUUUGCUGAGACAGUACUGGCGCUGGAGUACAUCCACAACUAUGGCAUCGUGCACCGCGAUCUCAAGCCCGACAAUCUUCUGAUCACGUCCAUGGGCCACAUCAAGCUGACAGACUUCGGCCUGUCCAAGAUGGGGCUCAUGAGCCUGACCACCAACCUGUACGAGGGCCACAUCGAGAAGGACGCCAGGGAGUUCCUGGACAAGCAGGUGUGCGGGACCCCGGAGUACAUCGCCCCGGAGGUGAUCCUGAGGCAGGGCUACGGCAAGCCGGUGGACUGGUGGUCCAUGGGCAUCAUCCUGUACGAGUUCCUGGUGGGCUGUGUGCCCUUCUUCGGGGACACGCCCGAGGAGCUGUUCGGACAGGUCAUCACCGAUGACAUUGUGUGGCCUGAUGGGGAAGAGGCCCUGCCCGCAGAUGCUCAGGGUCUGAUCUCCACUCUCCUGCAGACCAACCCCCUCAUGAGGCUGGGGACAGGGGGAGCGUUUGAGGUGAAGCAGCACUCGUUCUUUACGGAGCUGGACUGGAACAGUCUGCUGAGGCAGAAGGCCGAGUUCAUCCCUCACCUGGAGUCGGAGGAGGACACCAGCUACUUUGACACUCGCUCGGAGCGCUACCGCCACAUCAACACGUACGAGGAGGAUGACACGAACGAUGACGAGCCGGUGGAGAUCCGGCAGUUCUCCUCCUGCUCGCCCCGCUUCAGCAAGGUGUACAGCAGUAUGGAGCAGCUGUCCCAGCUGGAGCAGAAGGCCCCGUCGGUGACCCGGCGGGAGCACAAGGGCCCCAGGGAGGACAAGGUGUCCAAGAGAGAGAGCCUGGGCAGCCUCACCAUGAGGGACAAGAGCUGGAGGACCGGCUCCCCGGAGAUGAAGCGCCUGUCCUGCUCCGAGUCGCUCUACUCGGAGGGAGACUCCAGCCCCCCCCUGGGCGCCCGGCGUCGCUUCUCUGCCCUCAUGGACACACACCGCUUCGCCUCACCCCCGGAGGGCGACCCGGACCCCCUGACCCGCCAGACGCCCGUCAAGGCGCGGGGGACGUCCCUGGACGGCGCUCCCUCGCCCUGCCUCCCCCAGGAGCACCGCAACACCUUCAGGGAGGGGGGCACGGGAGACAAACCGCUGAGACCCGUCGACACAGCCGCCCCUACGACCACCCCCGCCACCACCCCCGGACCCGCCUCGGCCAAUCGGGACAUAGCCACGCCCACAUAUGACCCCCUGGGGCCGAGGGCGACCAACGACCUGGUGUUGCGUCGGGCAAGACACCAGCAAAUGUCCGGAGACGGCGAGAAGCGCAACUCGCGCGCCGGCAACAAGGUCAUCAAGUCGGCGUCGGCGACGGCACUGUCGGUCAUCAUACCUGCAGUCGAGCAGCACGCCAGCUCCCCGCUGGCCAGCCCCAUGUCGCCCCGCUCGCUCUCCUCCAACCCCUCGUCGCGGGACUCCUCCCCCAGCCGGGACUUCUGCCCGGCGGUCAGCGUGCUGCGCUCGCCUAUCACCAUCCAGCGCUCGGGGAAGAAGUACGGCUUCACGCUGCGCGCCAUCCGCGUCUACAUGGGCGACACGGACGUCUACAGCGUCCACCACAUCGUCUGGCACGUGGAGGACGAAGGCCCCGCCCAGGAAGCGGGACUGUGCGCCGGUGACCUCAUCACCCAUGUGAACGGAGAGUCGGUCCACGGGCUGGUCCACACCGAGGUGGUGGAGCUCAUUCUCAAGAGCGGUAACAAGGUGACCGUGACCACCACGCCGUUCGAGAACACAUCCAUCAAGGUGGGCCCGGCCCGCAAGGCCAGCUACAAGUGCAAGAUGGCGCGGCGCAGCAAGAGGACUCCGGGAAAGGAAGGCCAGGAGAGUAAAAAGCGCAACUCCCUCUUCAGGAAGAUCACCAAGCAGUCCAACCUGCUCCACACCAGCCGCAGCCUGUCCUCCCUCAACCGCUCUCUCUCCUCCAGUGACAGUCUACCUGGCUCGCCCACACACAGUCUGUCGGCCCGAUCCCCGACACAGGGCUACAGGUCAACCCCAGAGACGUCUUAUCUGGGUGCCUCCUCCCAGAGCUCCUCCCCCGCCUCCAGCACCCCCAACUCCCCCGCCGCCUCCCAGCACAUGCGCCCCAGCUCCCUGCACGGCCUCUCCCCCAAGCUGCACCGCCAGUACCGCUCGGCCCGCUGCAAGUCGGCCGGCAACAUCCCCCUCUCCCCGCUGGCCCACACGCCCUCCCCCACCCAGUCCUCGCCGCCCCCCCUGCCGGGCCACACGGUGGGCAGCUCCAACACCACCCAGACCUUCCCCGCCAAGCUCCACUCCUCGCCGCCCGUGGUGCGCCCGCGCCCCAAGAGCGCCGAGCCGCCGCGCUCGCCCCUGCUCAAGCGCGUCCAGUCGGCGGAGAAGCUCGGCUCGCCGCUCACCCAGUCGGGGUCGGGCAGCGGCGGGCUGGGCGGCCCGCUGCGCAAGCACAGCCUGGAGGUCCAGCACUCGGACUACCGCAAGGACGCCUUCCUGCACGGCGAGGUGGGCCUCCAGAGUCUGCUGGAGACGGACGGGGAGAGCCUGCCGCCCAACCCCCCGCCGCUCCCCUCCGGGACGCUCUCGCCCGCCUCGCCCGCCACCACGCCCGAGACGGGCGUGCUCAAGCCGGUGCGGAAGCUGGGGAGGCAGGAGUCGCCGCUGAGCCGGGACACCCUGCUGGCCGGGCGAGAGAGGGAUCGAGAGAGGGAGAGGGAGAGAGAGAGGGAGAGAGAGAGGGAGCGAGAGAGGGAGCGAGAGAGCAGGAUGGCGUUGGAGAAAUCGCCCAAUCGCGUUGGGGCCGUGGACUCGCAGUCGUCCCUAGCCAGAAAACCCUCAAGCAGUGAGUUGUCCUUAGGCCUGUUUUCUAGUUCAGGUCCAAAACUACAAUCCUCAAGUGUGGAAACCACUAAAACUACAACUCACAGUAUCCAAAGUAAGACAGCAGCAGGAAGUCUUGUAGGUCUAAAAGGCCCAGAGAAAAACAUUUUUGGCCAGCAACUAGACACCAAGGUAGCUGCUAGUGCUAAUGCUAACAAUGUUAGCAUGAAAGACCACCAGGAGAAGCAAGGGGUUAAACCUGAGCCAAAGCAGGAUACAGACAGCAAGGGAGGCCCUCUUAGGCCUAGCCUGCCCAGCGGUGGCAUAAGCAAGGGCACUACCUUUACCCCCGAAAGAGGAGGUAACGUGGCUACAUCAUUAGCUUCUGGGCUAACUAGCGUUAGUAAAACAUCUAAAAUACCAGGGAUAGGAGAGAGCCUGAGAAAGAGUGGAGGGGAGAGUAAUGAUAGAGCUUCAGACCUGGGGUCCAGGAGCCCCAAACUGCCAGCCAGGGCCCUGGCUCCGGCUGUCCCUCCCCACGGCCAGCCCCUCUCCCUGGGCAAGGUGAGGCAGGGCCUGGGCCCCGUCAACUGCUACCGUGGAACUCUGGACUGGGACGACAAGUGUCGCCUGGAGGUGGUGGAGGAGCACUCCCCCUCGCCCUCCCCUUCCCCCACAGCCGUCACCCCCUCCCUCUGCGGCCCCUCCCUCUGCAAGUCACGCCCCGUCUCUCCCGGCGACAAGACCAGCUUUGUCACCCAGCUCACCGCUGCGGCCAAGAACGUCCUGGGCCCCAUCAAGAUGGGCUCCCAGGAGGGGCCCAAGGCUAAGGACGUGCCCAAGAUGGUUGAGGAGAAGCAGGCAAGUGUGGUAGGAAAGUCUGAGGCUUUGCCUGGAGGUCGGCAGGGGCCCCCAGUAGUGGCCCAAGCUCCAGCCAAGUCUAACACACAGCCUGAGAAAGCACCCACAGGUUGCACCCCCCCCAAAUGAUGGACCCGUUGUCUAAGUGGAAGGAAUACAAACUGAAAUGGAUAGAACGAAAAUGCCUUUUUGGAGUUUGGGAACAAUGUUAAGUCAAGCACUUAAAAAAGGACUCUAAUCAAAAACCAUGGCGGGUGAUGAAAUCUAUUGUAAAGGUGCUCGUAUGUUCCUUUUAUAUUGUACAGUAUAUAUAUAUAUGUACAGUAUAAGAAGAUGCUCCACAUUAUGUAUUAGAUAAUUAUUUGUGUGUGUGAAUGCAUGUAUUGAAGUGUGUGUGUGUGUGUGUACGUGCGUCAGUGUGAGUUUGUUGUUUGGAAGAAAAAAAAAAGGAGCGAAAAGUGCUUUACCGAUCAAUACAUGCUGAAUACUGUGAAAACCAAAUCCAGUUCGACACUACCACCGUAACCGAUGGCGACCAACCGCUUCUGUCUCGGCCAAUCGUAGGACAUCCGAGGUCAAACGGAGGCCCAAUCAAACCGUGAGAUGCACUUAACUUGACGGGCAAACAAAAACAACGACAUACAAUCACGAUAACGAGCCUGAUAUUCACACGCACUGAAUCCCUCAUUCUCAGUUGAUUUGCAUAGCCGCAUUCUGCAUUCCGUCAGCAAACGCUCUCGGAAAUCGAGGGGGCGGGACGGGGGAUAACCUUGAGUCUGUUUUCAGCGGUUCUCGAAGACUGCGCUGCACGAAGUGUCGUGUUUCAGAGUGAAGCUGCUCUGACAGAGCCCAGCCCAGGCGCUUAUCUCUGCAGCACAGGAGGCCCACCAGGCCUGCCUAGACAGCUACACACACACACACAAAAUACACACACAAUACCAGGAGUUAGUUGCAUCAGCAGAGCUGAUUUCCUGCAUUAAAAUCCAGAUCCUGAUGGGUUUGUGUGUGUGUGUGCGUGUGUGUGUGUGUGUGUGUGUGUGGACUGGCAGACUACUGGAGCAGACACAUUCCACGUUCACAUGGGAUAAUUGCUCAGUUGGAAGACAGGUAUCACAAACCCAGCUGAACAGAAACAGACCACAUUCAACAUCCAAUCGCAUCUUCACUUCUGUGGAACUGGGAACAAUCUUCUUCUACCUGACCAUCAAAUCAUACUGGUUCAGUGAAGACAUGACUGUAAAUAUCUGUAAAAUGGAAAGAUGUUCUAGAUAUAGAACUAUUUAUACUCUUACCUUCUCAUCCUAGCGUCAAGUUGCUGGCAUGCUUACAUGACAAUUUAAUUUUGAACCAAAAAGUGAAUGAAGGUGGAAAUGGAUGUAGCAUAUUGACUUUCAUGACUGUAGGUUAAAAAGGGCUGAGUGGGCUAAAAUCGUUUUUCUUCUUGUUCGAUGUCAGGUAUGGGAACCACUGUAUGACUCGACAUUUUUUCUAUCCACCCUUUUUUCAUAUUACAUGUCUAUGUUUCCCUUUUGGUGUCACAGAAAUGCUCUGUCAUUUUUAAUUGACUGUGUAGUGAUAUAUCUGCUAAGAUCACACAGUGCAGUUCCAUCCCAUUACGACUCACUUCUCUUUGUUAGUUGUUUCCUCAACCCUCACACACACUUAUGCAAAUGACUGGCAAAAAAAAGAGAAGAUUAUCGGUCCGUAGAUGACAGGUAUCACCUGUUUAAAUUUGUCACAAGAAAUUGUUUACAGUGCAAAAUUGGAGUGAAACAUUUUAUGGCGAUAUGCAAGUUCUCAUAUAUUUUGGCUAUUGUUCAAUAGGCAGAUUGUACGUGAAACAAUACUGCCCUCUUGUGGUAUACAAUUAUAAUUGUUUAAUGUGAUACCAUGUAAUGUCUGUAGCAAAAUGGACUUUAUCACUACAUUAUCUCGGAGAGAGCUACUGUUUGUAGUGUUAGGUCAAAGUCAUUGAUAUUGCAGGAUAGAUUUAGGAGUAGUGUGUUAUUGAAUAUGCAUACUUUAUGUUUUGGUACAGGAACUGGAAUAUUGACCGUGAUUAUCAAAUAUGAAGGAAUCAUUCCAUUUUAUCGUUGUAUUAAUAACUGUUCAGAGUUUCUCUCAAUUGUUCUUAUGUGACUGUUAGUUCUACCUUAUAAAAUGGAGUAAGAACGUUUUUUUUUUAUCAUAUAUAAUAUAGACAACCUUCAACAAUGAGCUUUAUUGUGUUAUAUGAUGAAAGAAGCUUAAGUUGUUUGGGUUGUGCUAUCUAGGUCAUAGUAUGACAAAGUACACUUAUUAAGGAAUGGUCAGGCACACCACUCGUGUACAUGUAACGGUAAGUGUUUUUAAGAUAAAUGGCAAAUGUAGAGAUACAUUUAAUAUGUUGUUGGUAAAUAUUGCUACCUGUAAUCUUGAUCAUGAUUGAGAGGAGUGGUAUGAAAUGCACUUUAUUUUCAAUAAUUAUUUAUUCAUUUACAAGUAUACUUGUUUGGUCUGUAGUUAUUUAUGAGCUUUAAAUAUUCCUUAUGACACAAAUCAACCAAUCCAAUUUGUUCAGGAAGAACACAACGAUAAAUUGUACUAGUCACUCCCAUGAUUUUUAAUAGUUUAAUUCAAAGACAGUAUAAUAACAUUCCUCCUUUCUAUUUACUCUCGAAAUGUAUUUAUUUGUAUUCUGGGGCACUUUUGUUUUAAUAGAUGUAAGUUAAAUGCAGACACCUGAAGUGCAGUAUGUGUAAUAAAAUUCUGAG